CCAACGAUUUUCACGGAGAGCGAUGUGUUGUUAUAAAUGCCGCGCGACAUCUACUCGUUGCAGUUGAGAGAAAAGUUUCCUUGUACUUAAUUGUUAGGACUUUGGGCAAAAAGUGGAAAUUAUAGUAAAAUUGAGAUGCAGGGGGGCGUACUCGGGAGCCUCUGCUUCCUAGCCUUCCUGUUAUCUUCAGGAGUGAGCGGUUCGGGACAAAACUUUCAGGAUCAAGUGCACGGUUUGGCUGCAGCAAAUGCGCUCGCCCACUCUAUGGGUGGUGGUGGUCAAGGAUACAGUACGGCAGAGGCACUCGCUCAAGCUCUGUCGAAUGUGCAGUCGCAACCUCGCUUGAAUGAUUACCCUAGUGGGGCCGUGAGUUCCGCGGAAGCUAGCGCUUUGGCCCAGGCUCUGGGGGGCGGUUCACGGGGCAUACCAGGCUACGGCGCAGGUGGAGCACAAUCUCAAGCGCAGGCACAGGCGCAGGCACAAACUGUUGGGUUGGGCCAAGCGCGUAGUUUUGCCGACGCUCUGGCGAACUCACAAGCAUUAGGAGGAGCGUACGGUUCUUCUUACGCAAACGCUUUUGCAGAUGCUAGAACCAGAGUGAUCCCGUACCAUGAAUAUGUGCUGCCUUACGAUAUACCAGGAGGUCAAGACAUAGUGAGGUGUACAAGAGAGGGGGAGCUCCACAACUUGUGGACGUCGAGGUUCGAGUGCAUGGUGUGCGCGUGUAUCAACCGCAACGGUUACCUGACGCCCGUGUGCGCCAGCUGCGCCGGCUGCCUGCACCCUUACAACCCCGUGCCACCGCAACCCAUUCCACCCUCGCCUGAGCCUAUACCUCUACCCAUACCGCUGCCGAGACCUCAGCCUCAAGUAUCAUGCUACCCUUUGCCGACGGAGACGCCAUUCGAGAACCCCUUGAACCCGUGUCAGAUCUGCGUGUGCCACUUGACACUGGAUGUGUACGGGCAGCGUGAUGUGCAGAUCGCCUGUCAGGAAAACCCCGAGUGCUCGAUUACAGACAUAAUUGUACCGAUACCGUCAAGACUUUUACCGCCAGUACCGAUUCCUAGAGGCGCACUUCGCAGCUUAACGGCAGUGCCGCAGUGCGAGCGGUUCCCGACUGACGUCUUCUUCCCCCACCCCCACGAUAUCUGCUCCCAGUGCAUGUGCAUUGUCGACUUGGCGACGCGCGCGCCUCACAUUGUCUGUAGUCCUAGACAAAACUGCGAUGUGCCACUACCGCCGCAGCCGCCUUUUAACCCGCCAGUGCCGGUCCCGCCGCGCCCCCCCGGUCCCCUGCCAGGACCAACACCACACACGUCAUGCCGACCGUACAUCCCCAACCAGCCAUUCGGUCACCCGUGGGACGAGUGCCAGGAGUGCGUCUGCAGCGAGCUAUACACCCAGGGCGUCAUCAACAUCGAGGUCAGCUGCUACACCAAAAAAUCCUGUUGUAUCGAAGUGCCUGAGCAGCCGCCUUACAUAUUGCCAUCGCCAGAGCCUCACGAAAACGUUGUGUACAUCGAGCCUCGCUGCCGCUACAAGCCGCCGCUACAGCCCUUCGUCGCCGAAUGUAACAUAUGCACCUGCAUAACGGUCUACAACUACGUCAUCGCCAAGUGCGACAGACAACCCGGCUGCGGUGUUGGCCCUCUUUAUCUUGGAGGACUUUAUGGUGAUGCCGGCGCAUACUCAAAUGCCCAAGUGAACCAACUUCUGCCACAAAACUAUUAUCCUACUUCCCCUCUUAUUGGAAAUGCGUAUUCGACAGCCGCUGCCGAGGCAUAUGCACAUGGCAAUGUACAAAGCCUGCCGUAUGGUCAAAACCCAGUAGGAUCUACAUAUCGACCAGGAUACGGCUCGGUACCUGGGCCUUUAUUGGUUGACGGUGAACUGGGUCCGGGUCCAGGCUACCUAACUCCUGCAGCUUUGGCGGAAGCGGCCGCUCACUCAAACGCUGGGUACAAUCAAGGACUCGGCUCAUUGUCUUCGGCUCAGGCUAACGCGUUAUCUAAUGCGGGUUUACAUCCAUUACGAUCUUAUCCAAGUCUUAGUCCUGGAUAUCAAUCAGGUGCGGUAGCCGACGCUUACUCGAGUGGGAGUACAGCAAAUUCAGAAGCUUUAGCAAACGCUUUAGCCAAUAUUAACUUAGGAUCUGGUGGAUACGGGUCGAGUUCAUCGUUAGCAAAUGCUAAUUCAGGAUAUCAAUUAUAUCCUGGAUCCGGAUCUGGUUUAUCCGCAUUAUCGGAGGCAGAAGCUGUUGCUAACGCUAAUUUAGGAUAUAACGCAUAUCUUCCUGGAUAUCAAACUGGGUCUUUAUCAUCGGCUGAGGCCGAGGCGAUAGCCAACGCUAACUCUGGACUCUACUCGGGAGUUCCCAGUAAAGCUUAUGGCUCUGCCGCGUCUGAAGCACAUUCCAAUGUCAAUUCCUAUCCAUUUGCUGGUCAAUCUUCUUAUCCUUACACUGCCGGCCAGUCAGGUGCCAGUGCAGAAGCUGAGGCACUAGCGAACUCCAAUUUAUAUUCUGGAUACGGUCCCCAAAUGAACCCGAUGUAUGGACCCGGAAUAGGAGGUUCCAGUAACGCUCAGGCACAGGCACAGGCACAGGCACAGGCUUUAGCUAAUGCUGCUCUGGGUCAAGCAAAUGCCCAAAGCCUGAGCCAGGCAUCAGCGUUGGCGGGGCGUCCUUUAAUAAAAUCCGCUGACCGUGAAGAUGAAAGUGACGAUUAUGUAGUAUAAAGGACGCACCACAAA